GAGGAGGAAUAAUUUUCUUUCUAAUCCAAAAACAAAGCAAGUCCUUAACUGCCAAGCCAACUUCCGCUCCGCCAGCCAACAAGAAUGAGGAAAUCCCACCGGAGCAACCAACAAAUAAUCCUUUUUCUCCUCCGCCCGCUCCCAAUAAUAACUACUCCACAAAAACCCUGGCUCGGGUCAUUAAAGACGAUUUACAAGACGCUUUGACUAAUGAAAGCCGCUUAAAAAAUUAUUUUUUGGUUUAUCAAUUAUUUGAAGAUGGGGAUAUUACAAUAUAUACCAAAGAAAACGAAAAAUUAAACGAGGAAUUGAAAGAAAAUUUUAACCACCACUAUCAGCAAAGAAAAGAAAAAUGA